AUGGAUGAUUCCACAUAUCCGUGGCCUUCGAAAGUGACCUUUAUCACAGACCUCCUCUUUGGUUUGACACGCCUGCGAUUUUCAGAGGCACAGAAAAAAGCUGUACUUAGUUGGGCGUGUGAAAUGGGUGCUCAAAAUGUGCCUACCUUGUAUGCGCUUUGCAAAGCUCAAGAUCAUGUUCAUAGCUGCAUCAGAAAUCCAACUUGCAAGGUUACAGCAUCUUCUGGUAACAUCUUCUAUAUAAACUCAAUCGGCUCUGCAAUUGCUAAGGACUAUUCCAAUCCUCUCACUCACUUCUGCGUGCAUGACUAUCCUGAAGAUGGGAGAGGGAACAUGUCACAAGUGCACCAUGGAUCGAAGAUGCUCCAUGAGCUUCCCGAAGAACUACUCAUCCCAUCCGUUCGCAUCAACAACAAUAUCUACUUCUGGAAUGAGCUGCUUCAGUUGACAACUGGAUUUUUAUCCCUACACGUUUCUUUCAAGGCAAAAUCUCUAGUACAAUCACCAUCCAAGUCUAAAUUGCAACAUCUUACCCCUUUCCAGGCAGGUUUUGCAGUAGAUCCUGAGUGCAUCAUAUUGGAAGUUUCAUCGUUUCAGCGGACCUACAUAGACUUGCAGACCGACAUGCAUUUGUGCGGGUUUACAUGUAAGUAA